GGCGGACAAAUUUAAUUUUGGCGCCAGUCUCUAGGCCGGAAGUUUUUUGGUUUCCUCGUGUAACGCUCUUAUUUCCGCUACACCAGCAAGUUCUCAUGGGAAGCACUCUGGACGAGGCGGAUGUAAACAUGGCGGCGGAUUGUAGGGUAGAAAGCCUGUAUGAUUUGGCAGCUUUUACCACAGUCAGGAAUUGUGAUGUGUUUAAGUCAGAGUUCCGCUCUCUCCCAAAUGCUGUUCAGUGUGAUAUAUAUAGAACUCUUUUCGACACUGGUAAGACAGAAGUAUUGGUAGCAGAGCUGAGUGACCUGGAUGCGGUUUCAAAAGCUUUAAAAGCAGGGGAUACGAGGGUUAAACUCUAUGCAGUCUUCCAAGGACUUCGAGAAGAAGGAUUUGAUCUAUCAGAAAUCCUUACUACAGAAUUUAUCAAGAGAUGUGAGAAAGCAUCACAUGUAGAGGAAAAGCCAGAUCGCCAAGCCAUUCAGAAGCUCUUGAAAACAGGGAUGUCACUGGGUGGCUUUUUGUCAGAGGCUGGUUGGUAUGAAAAUGGUGAAAAAAUACUGGCCACCAGUUAUAAACUUUGUAACACAAGAGAACAAGAUGGCUGUAGAAUAGCAACCAAAUUUCUUACAAGGUUACUUCAUCUUAGAACAGCAAAUUGCAAAUUUGAUGCUGCUAAAGAUACUUUUAGAGAAACCAUGGACAUAGCUAGUAAAAUGACCAGCAAAACAGAGCUAGACAUCAGUAUGGCAGUCCUCUAUGGAGAGAAAUGUGGAUUACUGUUUGCACUCAGUGAUUACGAAGAGGGCUACAAGUGCAGUAUGAAGGCAUUGCAGAAAAUUGGGCCUGGGUUACCAAUGAAAGCAGUUGUUGAUAUCCUAAGGAAUGCAUCCAAGGCUUGUGUAGUGAAAAGAAAAUUCAAGAAAGCAGAACUUUUAAUAAAACAGGCCAUGUUUUUAGCCAAGCAGCACUUUGGAUGUGAUCACCCAAAAUAUGCUGACACUUUAAUUGAUUAUGGUUAUUAUCUACUCAAUGUUGAUGCUAUUAAUCUAUCUGUAAAGGUGUACAAAGAAGCUUUUCGUACUAGGUUUUAUGUCUUUGGAUUCAACAAUUUACAUGUGGCAACAGCUCAUGAAGAUCUUGGUUAUGCUCUGUAUGUGCAUGAGUACAGUACAGGAAACUUUGAUGAAGCCAGAUACCAUGCUGAGAGGGCCAUCAGUAUCAUUACUAAACUCUUCCCAGACGAUCAUCUUCUGCUUGCAUCAUCAAAAAGAGUUAAAGCACUAAUUCUAGAAGAAAUAGCUAUAGACACCCCAAUCAGACAAAAAGAAGAGGAAAUUUUAAAAGAAGCACAAGAGCUUCAUUUGGCUUCACUUGAAUUGGCAAGGAAAUCAUUUGGAGAAAAUAAUGUCCAAACAGCUAAACACUAUGGAAAUUUAGGUCGGCUUUAUCAAUCCAUGAGAAGAUAUGAGGAAGCCGAGACCAUGCACAAGAAAGCAAUUGAAAUCAAAGAAAGAAUACUUGGAAGUGAGGACUAUGAAGUGGCAUUGUCGCUAGGUCAUCUGGCAUCACUGUACAACUACGACAUGGAAGAAUAUGAAAAGGCUGAACAGCUCUACUUAAGGUCUAUUGCGAUAGGACGCAAACUGUUUGGUGAUGGGUACAGUGGUCUUGAGUACGACUACAGAGGACUUAUCAACCUGUAUGAUUCUCAAGGUAAUUUUGACUGUAUGGAAAGAUACCAUCAAACGCUCAUGGACUGGAAAGAUUUACGUGAGAACGCAAGCAAGACAGAAUCAGCGCAUGAUAAAACGCCUGAUCCAUGGCCUACAGGACAGUUUAUACAGCACUUCCUCAGUCAGCCAGAUUAACAAUCAACUGAUUUAUUAUAUCAUUGGGCAACCCAAGAGAAUGUCAACAAAGAAUCUUAAAUAGGAUAUUACAAGAGAAUUUAUCAUAGUAAUGUACUGGCAAACAAGCUUGUCACAAGAUGCUGUGUGGCACAUGCGUCAGUGCAGGAUGCCGUGCUUAUUGCACCCAGUGAAAAAACCGGCCUGGAGGCAAGACAAAAAUUAUUUGCUGCUCAUGCAGAAUUAUUACAGCUUAUGACAAAUUUUAUGUACAUGUAGAUACAAAAAAGUACAUUGUAUCAAUAACUACUUUUGACGAGUUUCUAAGGGUCCCUUUCCAGCUAAAAAUAAGGGCCUUGAAAACAUAAUUAACAUAAAUCUUGAAGGAGCUACAUUACGAACAGCGCAUCCUGAAAAAAAUGGUCAAUGUUUCCUUGUUUAUUGGUAAUAUGCGUUAAUCUUCGUCAGUAGUAACCAGCUUUGUUUAUUUUCGGUUUGUUUUUACUUCUGGUUUUCUCAACCUUGCGUUUUUUAGGUUUUCUUCAGUUUGAAAAAAUUCUGUCCAUCUAAAAAAAUGUUUUUAAAUUUUUUUUGACAGCUCGUUUAAUUUUAUAACAUUGGUUAGAGUUCAUGAAAGUGUUUGCAAGGUUUAGUUACUCCUGAAUAUCUCGGAUCUUUCCUUGUUAGAGUCCAGGCUGCUGGCAGCUAGCGCACCAACUGCUCAUGACCUUUGUGGCGCUGACUCAGUUGUCACUUCUCGGACUGUGAUGAAAAUCAAUGCAAGCCUUUUGCGUUUGUGUCUCUGUUAAACGUCGAUGUUUGCUUAAUUACGAUUAAUCUGCGAUCGUAAGUCCGAAAUUGAUGAUCUUACCUUUCUAACAAACAGACUCUCCAGUGGAGUGACUUGGCUGUGUCUGUACUCGAGUUGUACGGACGCUUUCCCCAUCUUUUUCCCGUUUUUAAAAGGUUAUUUAUGGUUUUGAGCGCUCAGGCCCUAGCUAAUGCUUACUAAACUUCGUAAAUGUUGAACCUAUACUGAGAACUCCUAUUUGACAGUUCGUGGCCCUAGUGAGCCCGCAUGCCAUCACUGCCCUAUGAUUGUGAGACGCGUACUGAUUUAGCUACAUACCUGUUGAGGUAAUCCUUCAGCGGCAGAAGAUAUGAGGAGCUCUGUAGUUGGAAUAAUUGCCGCCAGUCAUCAAGGAACUUUACCUUUACAGCACGUCUGAGCACGUUACUUGUCAAUGAAUAUGCACUUUGACAGUCCGCCUUUCACACCUCUGACACCACGACACCACGACACCAUAUCUUUAUUGAGGCUAGGCGGAGAUAGACAAGAUACAUUGUACAAGUAAAUGAGGGUUUACUGAACUUUGACAUGUAAAGUAAUUCCCAAGUCUUUAGCACAGUUAUCAUGUUGUGUAUAUAGUUAUUUGGUAAUGUAUAUUAAUCGGAAGGGAAAGUGUUUUUUUUUUUUUACUCGUCGUUAAGAGAGUGGUGGGUGUAAAUUAGAUGUAUGUAAAUUAAUGUAGGUAUCUGUAAAGUAACCAAAUUUCAAUGUAUAAUGUAACAUAAGCGUAAUAAAGAUAAGUAAGUAAGGAUAUCGAAAUACUGUCCAAGAAAAGAAAGGAAUUCCAGUUUUACUAAAAACCACAGACUGUUUAAACCAUGUCACUCCAUCCACACCUGUUUAAAGAGAAAGAAGCAAUGACUGAUGGCUCCAACACGCAAAAAUAGAUUUUAUGGUUAGAAAAAAAAGGUGGUGACGUUAAAUACUAAUAAAGUACCAUUGUUUGUCUCA